GUCCGCGUCACACAAGCACGACAAGACCACCAAUGGCCACAACAGGGAUUGUCCUACAUUCUUCGUGCUAAUGCAUAGGCUGGCACGGAUCGUACAACAAUCUGUUGGAGGAGAUUGACCGUUUUGUCGCUACGCCGUCGCAAUGGAAACUCCCGUCAAGCAAAAAGUGGUUAUCGUCGGCGCGGGUCCAGUCGGGUGUCUGGCGGCUCUCUAUGCUGCGGCUAGGGGCGACGAUGUUGAGCUGUUUGAGCUUCGAGGAGACCUCAGAGUUCCUGGCACUGUGCCUUUGAAUUUCACAAAAUCCAUCAAUCUUUCUUUGUCCCAUCGCGGAAUCACGGCAAUGCAACAUGCGAACCGCGAGAAUGUGAUCAAAGAGAUUCUCGAACAGGUCGUGCCGAUUUCUGGGCGCAUGAUUCAUGGGAGAGACGAUGGGAAACUAUGGGAAGCACCACAAGCUUACGAUGUGCAUGGCCGGGGCAACUAUUCGGCGGACAGGGGGAUGUUGAGCAACGUGUUCCUCGAUGAGUUGGAGCGAACACCCAACAUCAAACUAUACUUCAACCACAAGCUAACAGGGGCUGACUUCCACGCCAAAAAAGCCUGGUUCGAGCGUCGAUCGCCCGGCGAAUCACCCCUUCCAGGCUCGUCCGGCCGCGUGCCCGAGAUACAGGUUGACUUCGACUUCCUGAUCGGUGCAGACGGUGCCCACUCGGCCAGCAGAUACCAUAUGAUGAAGUUUGCUCGCGUUGACUACCAACAGGAGUAUAUCGACACCUUGUGGUGCGAGUUCAACAUCUCACCAUCACCGCAAAACGAGUUCCUCAUCUCGCCCAGCCAUCUCCACAUCUGGCCCGGAAAUGAGUUCAUGUUCAUCGCCCUUCCAUCCGUGGAUAAAUCCUUCACCUGCACAUUAUUCGCGCCAGCAAUCCACUACACCCAGCUCGAACGCUCCACCGAAGACCUCCUCGAGUUCUUUGACGUGCACUUCCCUGGCGUCUGCCCGGAACUCAUCUCUCCCUCCGACCUCGUCACUCAAUUUACCUCAAACCCUCACCUCCCCCUCAUUAGCAUCAAAUGCAAGCCACACCACUACAACUCCAGUGUCGUCAUCGUCGGUGACGCCGCGCAUGCUGUCCUUCCCUUCUACGGACAAGGCCUGAACGCCGGCCUCGAAGACAUCCAAUUCCUCUUCGAAUGCCUUGACAAACACGGCGUCUACGGCCCCGAAGCCCACAAGCACAGUUCUGCAUCGCGUGACCUUGCCCGCCAGUUAGCGUUCCAGGAAUACACUGACGCUCGCUCCGCCGACGCCCACGCUAUCAAUGACCUCUCCAAGCAGAACUACGUUGAGAUGCGCUCGGGCGUCACACAACCCCUGUACAAAUUACGCAAGUACGUCGAGGAGGCCCUGUACCACUACGUGCCACAACUCGGUUGGCAGACUCAGUAUACCCGUGUUAGCUUCAGCAACCAACGAUACUCGGAAAUCAUCCGGGUGAACCGCAGGCAAGGCAAGAUUCUCAGUGCCGUUUUCGGUUCGACGGUGCUAUCGACGUUGGCUGUUGCUACCGUCUUCGCCUGGAAGCAACCUGGGAGGUUCUUCUCGCCACUGACGGGGUUGAGAGAUCUAGUGAAAGGUCUUUUGUCCAGAUAGACUGCAUUUACUUGAGUUGGCCUAGCUAGACUUUAUAGAAAAGGCGAAGAGAAAAGUUAAUAUAGAUUUCGGUUUUCUAUUGUUGUAAUUAUCGUCGCCACUUUUUGAUACAGCGUAAUUAUAUAUGGCAUAUCAGUUAAUGUACUCGUUGUUACUACGAUUACUUUGGGCGAUCGUUCCAGGUAUAAACCAGGAAAAAUAACGCCGAAUGCAUGAUAAAACAGCAAACCUUGGGAAUCCUGAGGAUGCAGCAGCUGUGUGCAUAC